CACACGGACGCGGUGCACAGCGCGCGGUGCACCCAGCCCCGUGGCGAGCCGCGCGCUAGACGCACACGCGCGCGAACACGACGCUGCGGCGGCCAUGGCGAGCGGCGACCCGAGGCCGGAGGACGACCCCUUCUCCGACGGCGACACCGCCGACUCGGACUCCGCCGACGAAGCCACUCCGCAGCGGAUGGGGGCUCGCGGGCCCGGCGCCACCAACAACCCGAUCCUAACGCGGCUCGCGGUGUCGCGGAACCCGAGCCCGCUCGCGGCGGCCACCGCGGCCCCCGGGGUCUGCCUCCUCCGCUUCGCCUGGGAGUCCGCCGCGGGCUCCCUCGUCGGCGCCGUCGUCGGAUACGGAAAAGGUUUGGUUACGAUGAACGGUUUUAAAGGAUCAUUUGCUGAUGCUGCAUCAUCUGCUAAGAUAUUUGCUGUUCUUGCUGGUGUUCAAAGUUUAGUAGCUUGCUCCUUGAGAAAACUACGGGGAAAAGAUGAUGGUAUCAACGCAGGAGUUGCAGGCUGUUGCACUGGCCUUGCUCUGAGUUUUCCAGGUGCACCGCAAACACUGAUUCAGAGCUGCCUGACCUUUGGAACUUUCUCGUACAUUAUAGAAAAGCUAAACAAGCAGCAACCUGCACUCGCACUCCCAUCCGGCACUGGCGAGAAGGACCCGAAGGCUGGACAGAGCGUUCUUCCUCCCUUCACGCUUCCUCUUCCAUACGAUGCGAUGGAGGGAUUUUUCACGUUUCAAAAGUUUUUGUCGAAGUUUCGAGGAAACUGAAUUACCUUGUGGAAUGGCCUCUUCGUGUUGCAGCCAUGUAAAUGCAUCAAUCUGAGCUGUUCCUUUUCGGUUUCUUGUUUGACGAAUGCGUGUUUCAAAGGUGUAGUGUGUUGCUAAUGGUGAUGAUUCUACUCUGUUAUAUGACAAUUUUGCGACUAAGGGGAGCAGCUUGGCCCUUGUUCGAUUGUGUUGUGAUCA